AUGUAUUUACUCAGCACCAAGCCAAGACCCCAGCGUCGUACAAAGAGAAGCUUCACGAAUGAGGGAAGUGAUUUUCUUCGGAGCCUUCGGAAAAGAGUCGGAAGAGUCGCAUUUGACAGCUUUAUGGCUGUACAAGGCGAUGUGUCUUUGAUGUUUGUCAUAGAUAGUACAGGAAGUAUGAGGGAUGAAAUCGAAGCAGCUAAAAACAUCGCCAACGACAUCAUCAAUUACAAGCGGAAAAUGCCCAUCAAGGAAUACAUUCUGUCACCUUUUAAUGACCCUUAUCCGUGUAAGAAAAACAGAAAUUUAAGCAGACAUCCUGGGGAUUCUCAGUUGUUUACACUUUAUGAAAAUUCUUCCACAGAAAAAAUGGAAAGAAAAUUAUGAGGCUAGUUGGUCUGCCCGUGUGGAUCCCCUAUAUAGAUCUUAUUCCACAACUGAGUCCCUCUCAUCAUGUUAGUACCAAAUUAAAAUAGCGGGAUUUCCAUAACCAUACACUUGUAAGUGAUUGGACAUAAUUCUUUUUUUUUUCCAGUCUUGAGAUUUUUGUAAAUACGUUCCUUCAGAUGCUGCCUUUAGCAGAGAGCGUAUUCACAUGACGGCACGGCGGCCAUAUUGGUGUUUCAAAACAAUAAAACGGCGACCAUUUUGGUAUACCAAGAAAAUCCUGUGGGAGUUGAACUCUUUUCUUAUAUAAAUUUUUCCUUUUGUUCCAAUAAAUUUGCAUAGAGGCUGCCCACCUGAGUGAAUACGCUCUAUUACAGCUCCUGAAGAAAGAUAUUUUAAGAGUCAAAACCCAGUUUAAGCUGCGCUGACAGACACGUUUAUUCUUUCCUCACUUCUCAGAGAUUUAUGUUAGUCCUAAUGACUUACUUCGCAGAUCUAUCAAAAGAAGACCCAGUUGUUGUUAAGUCCGAAAAAGAAGCUGGGGAUUUUGAAAAAGAAAUAAAGAAGCUCAAGGCGUUUGGAGGAGGGGACUGCCCAGAGUAUACAUUUGAGGGAAUCCGUGGAGCGCUUGCUAAGCUAACUUUUGAUGGUUCUCCUAUGUACGUAUUCACUGAUGCAGGACCAAAAGACGCAACAAAGGCGACGAUUGAGGAAGUAAAGAUGAUGGCUGAAGUCCAUGAUGUUGCUAUCAACUUUUUGGCAUCAGGUUUAGUAGAUUUUUACUGAUCUUCAUUGAGCUUAUAAUCCUGCAAUACUUGUAGUGACCACUAAAAGCGGGCAGUAAUUUGUCUCCAAGUUGUGUUGUACCGUUGCAACAUCGGAUCUUAAGUCUAAAAGCCGAUGUUUUAUGGGCUAGCCGUGCCGUCGCGUCAUAAUAGGGAGCUUUUAGCAUCGACGACAGCAACUGCAGCGAAAACGUCAGUUUUAAAAUGAAUUCCCUUUUUUUCAAUAUUUGUCGCAUUUAUUCCAAUUUGCUGAAAAUGGCAAGUGUAGGCGAAUUUCCCUGGAGUUGAUUUCUUGAAGACCGCACUCAAGUUUAGAGAGAGAAAAAGAGAUUCGUCGUUGCUUGUUUACGUCCUCCAUAAAACUUGCAAUUAGGCAUUUUCACGUCGUAGUCGUGCAAGGACGGUAAAGAAAUGUACAAAAAAGCGUGAUGCACGUGUAAAGUUGUUGUUUUGCGUAAUAAAGGUAUUGCUUUUCUGACGUCCUAUUUGCCGUCGCCGUCGUCGUUGUUAAAGCUCCCUAAUGGCCGGGGGGGUUUUCCCUGAUACUGGCCUAUACAGCGAGGCUCCGCCCGAAAGGGAUACCUUUUUCAGGCUUUAGGUACGUGAAAGGGCAGAGAUUUCGCACAAUGAGUUUAAGUAUAAGAAAAGGAAAGGAAAAUCUGCCAUUUCUUUUCGUAAAAAGGCCCAAAGGGAUAACAGAGUGCAUUUUAUGGCUAUGAAAAGUUGAGAAAACGUUCUGGAUUUUGUAAUUUAUUCAUAUUUAAAAGACAGUGCAUUUACAACAGUUAAAAGGGAUACAAAGUUCAAAACAAGGUAUGUGAAAGGGGUACCAUUUGUCUAUAGAAGGUACACGAAAGGGGUAACUUUUUGGUUGAAAAUGGCAUAUAAAAGGGUCAGGGGUUGGACCUUACGGCGGAUCCUCCCCCUAUAAAACUUUGUUAAGUAAACCCUCCCCCCGGGAGAUUAGCAUCCCAACCAGGGCGGGGAAAUUAAAGUAGUAUCGCCCUUCUUGGAGUAUUAUGACUAUUAUUAAUAAUAAUAAUGAUGAUGAUGAUAAUAAUGAUAAUAAUAAUAAUAAUAAUAAUAAUAAUAAUAAUAAUAAUAAUGAUAAUGAUAAUAAUAAUAACAAUAAUAAUAAUAAUGGUUUAUUAACAGAUCCACUGGGUGGCUCUUCCCUGUUAAAUUACAUUAAUUACAAUUACAAUAUAAAUCAAAGUAAGUUAUUUACAAAUUAUGCAAUAUACAAUUAAAAGUAGAAGCAGGAUUAACAGAAUCCAAUUACAGUAAAACUGACUAAUCACUCUGUACUCUGUUACUUAAAAAAUUCCUUGAAAGUCUUAAAAAGGUUCUGUAAUCUUUAAAGUUUCUAAUAGUUUCUAGUAGACCUUGAGCAAUUUUAAUUUACCCUACCAUUAUUCAAACUUUAACUUCUUAAAAUCUCUCUUAGGGGUUUGUAAUUAUGCAGGCGACGAGGUACACGCACGAGACCCAAAACGCCUUCACCCAGCUUUCCUGAAACUGGCUGAAAGUACUUCUGGUCUGGCCAUAGUGUUUCAAACCAGGAAGGAGUUGGAGCAAAUGAGCAAUUGGACAACUGGGAUGAUGGAGGGCGACACUAUCGUAUUCAUUGGGUCAACUUUGCCAGACAGGAGCAAAAGAAGCCUAGCUGAUGAAUCUGCUAACCGUCAAUAUCGGAUUCCGGUGGAUGAUUCAAUAGAAAAAAUGUCCUUGACCAUUUACACCGUUGGGGAAGGUACUACAAUUUCUGACGCAUACGUACCCUCUAAUACAUUAGAGAGAUUAAGAAUUACAUUUACGGCAAAGGCGAACGUCAGAUUCAAGAUGACAAUUUUUCAAAACAGAAGAUAAGAAGUUAAAAGUGAACUUUUUAAACUAGCUCUCAUGGAUGAAACCCGGAGUGAAACUAUUUAAUAUUAAUAAACAGUUAACGAUAAGUAAAGAACAAAUUCAGUCACGUGGUACGAACUGGCGUUUGCCGUUUGCCGUAAACGUGAUUCUAUAGAAUUUUGUACAGUCCAAGUUUUCCCCUUGUUUCUCGUUUACUGUUUAUUGCGAACCACAAGAAUCGUUCUGGACUGUUUUUAUCUGCUUAUUUUCUAUUCUGAGAAAUUUUCAACUGACGUUUGCUGUUUGCCGUAUGCCGUAAACGUGAAUCUUAAUCUCUCUUAUAUCUCUCUAUUAUACUCACCGUAAACUAAGGAAAUGAAUUAAAAAGGAAACAAAACAAACUUGUAUAGCAAAUGCUACUAAAAAUUUUGCCCAAAACUAAUAAAUGUCGAAGAGGUUAGCUUUGAAGACCUUUGAAUGGUUAAACCAUAAUUUAGCCUAGGGACUGAAAACAUAGAACUCACCGAAGUCUCCAAAAGGAAGAUUGAUAUUUUUAUGUUGACGGUGGUAGUCAAUCAAUCAAAAUAAAAAAAAUAUCCUAAACCACGUCGGACCAAAAGAAUCCUUUGGUUCUGAAAAGAAGACAUUUAUACCGCGUACUUUUUUAAAAUUAAAUCAGGCUUGCGCGCUGAAAUAACCUUAUCUUGUUGUCCUUACAGGCAACGGGAUUACCUUAAAAGACUCAGACAACGUCAGUAUAACAACUGGAAUACUUAGCCUUUCGCAUCUCACUAUAUACGAGAUCAUCAAUCCUAAGCGAGGAGCCUGGUCCCUAACCGUACCAGGCAGUAGUGGCGGGCACGAAAUCUUGGUCAUGUCAAGCACGACGGAAAUACACUUUGAGCAUUACUUUUUAGUUGCAUUGCCUUGGGGCAGAAGACACACUGUUGAGGUUCCCAUAUCGAAUCCAGUUCCUGGUGAGUUUAACACUCUUUCUGACGGAGGAGGGGAGAGAAUUGACACGGAGCUUUGUCCUGGGUUUAUUUCAGUCUUAUAACCCUUCGCCGAUCGGGGAGUCGCGGGGUCUCGACCCCACUAAAUACACCCAUUAAGUCACAAUAUAUUUUCUAAGUAAUAGACUUAGUUCUUAGACUUGUCUUCUACAAGUCGACCCUUUCAUAAGUUGUUAAAAGCGACUGAAGCGAUCUUCAAUGAGAACCAUUCUCGUCAGCAGCCAGCCAGUGCAGUAACAGGCACUAUAUGCAUUUCCGCGUGCCGAGGAGCUUCCAUUGUAUUAAUGAAGUGGCUUCUCAGCGAACCUGUUACGCUACUAUUUACUCUUAGCUUCUAUCUGAGUGUUUUUUUUUUGUAUUUUGUGAUUUUCGUUUUGUUACCACAAGAUUUCAUUUUUUCAUGCAGGCAAGGUGAACAAAAUAAUUAUUUCUUUGGCCGGAUCAGAAAAAGUUGACAACACUUCCUUAAGACUGCAACUUAUAACCACAAAGGGAGACCACAUCAUUGAUGUCACGCUUCAACAACAAUCUCAAAGCCAUUUUAUCGCCAGGUUUAAUCCAAAAGCACUUGCCAGAUCAUUCAAGCUUAAGCUUAAGGGAACAACAAGGAGUGGUUACCAGUUUGAAAGAAUUUCCCGCCAAACGGUCAAACCAGCCACCGCUGUAUUAAGGGGCAGAUACGCAAGCAACGAUUUCACGCUCCCUCUUGGAAGAACCACGUUUAUCCACUUUCAGCUAUGUAACUUUGGAACCACUGAUACUUUCGACGUUGUUGUCGUAAAAGACGUACUUAGCUACGUGUUACCACGUCGCGCGACUCCUAAAAGCGUAAUAAAAGGACGCUGCGUGAUUAUCUCUGUUUACGCAAAAGCUACUGGUCAUCAGGACGUGGGAAAGACAGAUACUGUUUUUGUCAUCCUUAAAGGUCGACGCUCUCGCCUUUUUGUCUCACAGACAGUUCAUUUGCUUGUUGACAAUUGA